AUGUCGACAGACGUCGGCGAUCAGAUCCGGGCGGAAGCCUCCGCCGCAGCGGACGAGGUCAACACGGCCCUGCAGACGUUCCUGAAGGAGCCCGGGACGGCCGGAAGUGAUCUCGAUAAAGGUCAAAGACGGCGCAUAGUGGAUGCCGCCAAUAAAUUGAUCGCUACGGUCAAGGAUCCGGGCGAUGAGUGGUUUGAUGCGACGGCGCAGGUUGCGCAGUUGGGCGCGAACCGGUUGUUCUGGGAGUGGAAGGCUUAUGAUCACAUCCCGUCGGAAGGAAGCAUUUCGUAUGGCGAUCUGGCGGAAAAGGUCCAGGCUGAGACGUCCUUGAUAAGGCGGAUCGGAGGUGUUCUCACUUCCUUGGGUAUCUUGCAACAAGUCGGCGACGACUCCGUCGCUCACACCAGACGUUCACGCAUCUAUAUUGAGGGUCAUCCGGCUGGCCAAAUCGUCGGCAUGGCCUGGGAGAACGGCAUGGUACCAUACGUGCACAUGCCGGCGUACUUUGAAAAGUACGGCCGCAAAGAACCGCAGACCCUCAACCGUGUGCCGGGGACCUACGCCUACGGAACGCCGGAGUACGGAUGGUACGAGAUGCUGCAGCACGACCCGCCGCGCAUGCAGCGCUUCCUCCGGGCCAUGGGGCCGAUCGAGGAGAAGAUGCCCAUUUCCGGGAUCUACGACUUCGGAUGGGUUACCGAGUACGCCAGGACGAACCCGACGGACCGGGCGGUGCUUGUGGACGUCGGCGCCGGCCGGGGCCAGGCCAUCAAGGCCAUCCACCGCGAGAACCCGGAGCUGCCGCUUGGCCGCUGCGUGCUGCAGGACCGGCCUGAGGUGAUCGAGGCCGUUACGCAGCUGGCUGAUGAGGACAUGAGACUUGUGAAGAAGCAAGUGAUCGAUUUCCACAAGGAGCAGCCCGAGAGAGGUGCCCUCGUCUACUGGAUCAGACGGUGUCUGCAUAACUACGGCGACGAGCUCGCGGUGAACAUGCUCCGCAUCAUCGCCGAUGCCAUGGCGAACGACAGCCGGCUCCUGAUCCAGGAGGACGUCAUGGGAAACCCGCCGCACUACACCUCGACGAUGCUGGACUUCAUGAUGCUGACCUUUGGCGGCAAGCAGCGCUCGCUUGAGUGCUGGACCGACGUCCUCGGGCGCGCCGGGCUGGAGAUCCGGAGCGUGUCGAGGGGCCAAGGACCGUGGCGUCACUUGGCCGUGAUUGAGUGCGUCAAAGUAGGGCACAAAUGA